AUGCUUGGUCUUGCAACUCUUUUCCUUGCUGGUGCUGGCGUAGUCAGUGCCAGAAGGCUGCCUCAUGUCGCUCCACGCCAGUUCAACAAUGACACCGCUUUAUCCUCCUCUCUUCCCUCUUACCAAGCGUAUAUCAAUGCCACUCGCAAUGACGACUCUCCGGUCGCCUUGCACAUUGACACGCUCGACUGUAGCAAGCGUAAUGCCACUUCCCCCUACCUGUAUGGUAUCAUGCAUGAAGACAUUAACCACUCCGGAGAUGGUGGAAUCUACGCAGAAAUGAUUGCCAACCCCCANGGGUCCAACGCGAUCAUCUCGACACUCGAUGGUUAUGUUGGUACGUAUGUGACCGACUCCGAGAACCCAAUCGUUCCGUUCGAUCCUGUCAUGACAGCAUGGGCACCAAUCGGUGAAGGUGUACGCAUGACUCUCGAUAUCCUUCACCCUCUCUCGGAUGCUUUGGAAACCUCUCUACAGAUCGACUUUCCUCUCAAUGCCACUGGGGAAGUCGGAUUCCAAAACUUCGGUUGGUGGGGCUUCGAUGUCCGUCCCCAGCAAUACAACGCCUCGCUGUUCUACCUGAACAACUACCCUCGCAAUACUCAAGGCAACGCGAGCGACAUUACUGUAUCCUUGCGCUCGAACGUCACUGGUGAGACUUGGGCGAGCUCGACUUUCAAGAACGUCACACCCACCUACAUCGAUUUCAAGCAGCUCGAAACUACUUUGCAUCCUAAUGUAACUGCUCCUGAUGCCAACAACACUUUUGCCAUCACCUUUGACGGUGCUCAAGUUGCUGGACAGACCUUCUACUUCAACCUGGUCUCGGUGUUCCCAGAGACCUUCAAGGGCUACAAGAACGGUCUUCGUCCUGACAUCGCUCAAGGCUUCUACGACCUCAAUCCUCAAUUCUUGAGAUUCCCCGGUGGUAACAAUCUUGAGGGCUAUAGUCCUGCUCAGAGAUGGAAGUGGUGGGAGACUCUGGGUCCGCUGCAAGACCGCCCUGGCCGUGUUGGUGACUGGAACUACUACAACACUCAAGGUCUUGGUUUGCUUGAAUACCUGGAAUGGACCGAAGCCAUGGACAUCGAACCCGUCCUAGCUGUAUACUCUGGCUUCUCUCUCGAUGUCUACGGACAGAACGGUGCUUCUUACCCUCCUGAGCAGAUGCCCGAAAUCUUGCAAGAAGCUUUAGACGAGCUCGAGUAUUGCAUGGGCGACAACUCUACCAAAUGGGGCGCUAGACGUAUUGCCGACGGACACCCUGAACCUUUCAAGAUCAACUUUGUUGAGAUCGGUAAUGAGGAUUGGUUCAGCGUUACCUACCCUUACCGCUUCCAGAUCAUGUACGAUGGCUUGAAGAAGGCAUAUCCUGACAUCACCUAUAUCAGCACUGCCUUCAACGAGAAUGCCGCUAACUACAACAUCUCGAUUCCGGAGGGCAACAUGUGGGACUGGCACGGUAAAUUACUUUUAAAAGAGUAUGUAUCGUCUACACAGGCUAAUGUUGUUCGAUUUCUAUANGGCUACCAAGAACCUUCUUGGUUCUUGACCAACUUCGAUCUGUGGGACAACUGGCAGCAGGAAACAAACAACACCAACGUCACUGUUCUGUUGGGUGAAUACUCGGUCAUCCAGGUUGACACACCUUCUGGCGUCGUCAACUACUCUUUCCCUCUUGACGUCCAUGUUCAGUACCCUCGUCUCCUCUCUGCUAUUGCUGAGGGUGUCUACGCACUAGGUGCCGAGCGCAACCCCAACACUGUCAAGAUGUCUUCAUAUGCACCUUCGCUCCAGAACCGCAACUUUACCAACUGGACUCCCGACAUGAUCUCGUACGAUGCUCUGCAUGACAACACAGUACUGAGUGCUAGUUACUGGCAACAGUGGCUGUUCGCACAUUACCGCGGUACCGAGACAUUGCCUGUCACUGCCACAGAAGGACAGAUAAACCCUCUUUACUGGGCAGCCAGCAUUGACGAGGAGAAGAACGCUGUUUACCUCAAGGUGAUCAACACCUUGAACUCCACCGUGCCUCUAAGCGUCAACAUUCCCUCAGCUUACUCAGGCGUCAACGGUACCUCUAUCACUGCUAGCGAUCUCAACUCGUACAACUACGUCGGCAACAAGACCGAGGUUGUGCCUCGCCCUGCUGAGAUUGAAUCGACGGCAAGCUCGGAGAAUGGUUCUGCUUGGUCUUGGGAUGUGCCCAAGUACAGUAUCACUGUUCUGCAGUUUGACCUGUGUUAA